AAUUCCAUCUUUGUCAAUUUUCUAUUUAGAUGGUCAUUUUCAAGAUAGUUUUCAACCUGCGAGAAAGUGCGGUUGCCAUCACUGACAAACGUGUUAGUAAGAUGGACGAGAUAAUAACCAAUAUAAAACUCAUCAAAAUGUAUGCAUGGGAGAUACCGUUUUUGAAGACAAUCUCAGAGGUACGUUCGAAUGAGAAGAGCUUUCUGGAGAAGGCAGCGAUUGUCCAGAGUCUAAACCUGUCCCUAUCCCCUUUGGUUCCAAUCAUAGCAACAGUAGUCACAAUACUGGUACACACCUUAUUAGGUGAUAGCCUCACUGCUGCACAGGCGUUUACGUAUGUUGCUUGCCUGAACUCAAUGAGGGUGACCCUGAUGUCGACGCCCUACGCUAUCAAAGGAAUAGGAGAGGCAUCUAUUGCAGCAAAAAGAAUUAGAGAAAUUUUAUUGUUAGAAGAUAUUCAAGAAGAAUUUAAGAAGCCUGAAAAUAACAACAUCGCAAUUGCAAUAUCAAAAGCAACAUUUUGUUGGAACAAGAACACAUUUCCAUUUGAAAGCAGUAAAGUUAAAGAGGAAUUAGUAGGCAAGAAGAAAACAAAGAAAAAAUCAAAAUUAGUCGACCGGGAGAUGGACGAUUUAAAGAAUGGUGAUCAUUUUACAAAUGGAGACGGUCUGAUGAUUAAGGAGAUUUCAAAAGAUACAAUUGCUAAUCAUGGCAGUCAGUGUGAACCAUUUAUAAAAUGUGGUUCAAAAGACAACUUAACAGAAACAUUAUUUGAUAUAAAUCUUGAAAUAGAAAAAGGUUGUCUUCUAGGUGUCUGUGGUAGUGUAGGAACAGGUAAAAGUUCAUUAUUGUCUGCCAUUUUGAACCACAUGGUACGCACCAAAGGCAGUAUUGCUACAGACGGUUCUUUUGCAUAUGCUGCACAACAAUCCUGGAUUAUCAAUGCAACAGUCCGUGAGAACAUCCUUUUCGGAGAACCUUUUAACGAAGAACGCUACAAGAGAGCACUUUUUGCCUGCUGCCUUUUGGAAGAUCUCAAGUCCUUGUCAAAUGGAGAUGAAACAAUUAUUGGCGAACGAGGUAUGAACCUGAGUGGUGGGCAGAAGCAACGGGUGAGCCUAGCGAGGGCACUGUAUGCAGAUCAUGAUAUCUACUUAUUGGAUGAUCCGUUAAGUUCAGUGGAUGUUCAUGUUGGUCAACACCUCUUUACUCACCUAAUCCUCCAAGAACUAAAAAACAAAACUGUCAUAUUUGUCACUCACCAGUUACAGUAUUUAAGCCAGUGUGACAAGAUUGUAUUACUGAAGUCGGGUAGAAUUGGUGAAACAGGCUCUCAUACAGACCUGCUUACUCUCGAUGGAGAUUAUGCUGGACUAAUGCGAUCUUACAAUAGCAAACAGAAGAAUAACAACAACCUAAGUCAGCAAAGACUUCAAGGAACACAUGAGCAGUUAAAGAAAGUUGGGUUGAUGCACAAUGGAACUAGGAAGGAAGAAAGAAAAGAGAUUCCGCAAAAUGACUUAGCAAAUCCAGAUGACGAGGAAAAGAGCGAGGGCAGGAUUGAUCCUAAGACAUACCAUCAGUAUGUGCAAGCCGCAGGAGGCUACCUGAUACUGGUGGUAGUUCUCUUCACCUUUGCCGUCACCAUUGGUUGUGCUGUCUUCAACAACUGGUGGCUCAGCCAUUGGCUACGUCAAGGUGGUGGGGAAAUUUAUGAAGGAAAUGUUACAAUGAGAAGUAUGGAAAUCACAGAUCAUCCUGACCUAGCCUUUUACCAGACAGUCUAUGGAAUGAUUGUCAUAGUCUACAUUCUCCUCACUAUUCUUAGAAGCACAUUUUUUGCAAAGGUCACGUUGCGUGCGUCAUCCAAGCUUCACGACUCGAUGUUCAACAGAGUUGUCACCGCUACUAUGAGUUUUUUUGAGACGGUGCCAUCUGGUCGGAUUAUGAAUCGUUUUGCGAAAGACAUGGACGAACUGGAUGUACGUCUCCCUUUCAACAUGGACCUCUUCCUUCAACAGACAUUACUCAUCAUCCUCUCCUUAGUUACAGUUGCCAAAGUAUUUCCGUAUUUUCUCAUUGCCGUGGUAAUAAUGGUCAUCAUCUUUGGUUUCCUAAUUACUCUGUUUCGUCACGGUUUCCGAGAAUCCAAGCAGCUUGAUAACAUUUUGCGAUCACCAUGGAUAACACACAUAGCCACCACUGUACCAGGGCUCCCAACCAUACAAGCAUAUAAUAAGACAAACCAUUAUGAAAAACAGUUUGAGCGUCUAAUUGAUGAUCACUCAGUUGCAAUGCUGUUGUUCAAUAUGGCCAGUAGAUGGCUAGGCCUGAGGUUUGACUUGGUUUCAACACUUAUGGCUACGUUAACAGCAGUACUUGUAGUGCUUUUUCACGGUACCGUAUCAGCUGCCUACAGUGGCCUAGCGUUAACAUAUUCGCUACAGAUGAUGGCCAUCUUCCAGUUUGCCGUCAGAUUGUCAGCAGAAGUUGAGGCAAGGUUUACGUCUGUAGAACGAAUAAUUGAAUAUAUAGACGAUUUACCGACAGAAGAAAUUUAUAGUAGCACAAAUAAAGAUAGUACAAAGCAGUGGCCCUCAAAAGGCGAGCUUGAAUUCAAGGAUGUUUGUUUACGCUACAGACCAAACUUGCCACAAGUCUUGCAUAAUAUUAAUUUUCAUAUUAAGUCAAAAGAGAAGAUCGGGAUUGUAGGAAGAACUGGAUCAGGUAAAUCUUCUCUAGGAGUGGCGCUGUUCCGUUUAGUUGAGAGCGAAAGAGGGCGCAUUCUAAUUGACAGUCAGAAUACUGGUGGUAUUGCUUUAAGUGAGCUACGUUCAAAGAUAUCAAUAAUUCCACAGGAUCCAGUGCUGUUUGCAGGGACACUUAGAUACAAUUUGGAUCCAUUUAAUGAACUUAGUGAUGUUGAAAUUUGGAACGCUCUUGAAAAGACAAAGAUGAAGAAAGUUGUACAUGGACUUGAUCAACAGUUAGAAGCUGCUGUAGCAAAUAAUGGUGACAACUUUUCAGUUGGUGAGAAGCAACUUCUGUGUAUGGCUAGGGCACUACUUAGGAACAACAAGAUUCUGAUGUUAGAUGAAGCAACUGCUGCAAUAGACACAGAGACAGACACUGUUAUUCAGACCACGCUGAAAGAAGCAUUUAGCGAUUGUACAAUACUCACCAUCGCUCAUCGAAUACAUACUGUCCUUGACUCUGAUCGAAUUCUUGUUUUAAAAAAUGGACAGAUUGUAGAAUGUGAUAAACCAGCUGUACUUCUGGAAAAUACCAAAUCACAUUUCAACGAGUUGAUGAUGUCAUCUUCAGAUUCCACAAAUAAAGAGACUGAUGUCUGAUAGUUGACAAUGCUUUGAUUUCAGUAUUAAAAGUACCAGCAAACAUUAUCAUAAGACAAAGCUUGGUUACAUUUGAACUGAUUGACUUGAUGCGCUUGUCUGCUAUAACCGCCAAUGAGUGAGCAAAACAUGUAGGCUAGUCCAACUCACUAUGGGUGAUUAAAGCCAACUAGAGUGAACUUUCCAGCAAUUAUCUGUUAGGGUUCAACAGAUGAACUGCUGUAAUCCUCUAUGGGUGAACAAAAUGCGUUUAAUAAUCAGCAAUGGUUACUAACCAAUGUGUUCGCUGUGUGUGUUUGAACUGUGUCCAGCCCGCAAUGGUUAACUUUUGUGCUGAUUGACUAAAAUGUAUCUACUGUGGAUCAACGUGCUUGCUCUAAUGGUUGAACAGUGAAUUCAUUCUGAGAAAUUUUAAUGUAUGCUAUGGCUGAACACUUGAGUCUGCUAGCCUAAUAAAAUCAGUAUUUGGUUUUAUUGAGUUUUUUUUUCAUAUGUACAGAACUUGCCAAUUUAUGUCAUAUGCCAGCAGAGUCAAAUAUUGGACAGUGUUCCAUUAAAGAAACGGUUUGUUUGCUAUAAACUUGAGAUCUUCACAAGAAAAAUUCAUUUUCAGAAAUGGGGUAUCUCCAUUAUAGCAUGUUUCUAAUGCCAAUUGAGAGUUAAGAUGUCAAAACAAAAGAAAAUUUUUUUUUUUUUUUUUAAAUAUACCUAUCAGCUAUAGAGAUAGCCAACAGUGUGAGGAUUAAGCUGUAAAUAAUUUCUUUUUAUUUAAGUCAUGAGCAAUUUCAGGUAUGAGCCCAGAUAUACAAACCUGAAGACAAGCAAUAUAACCAUUGUUCUGUGUCUCCUGUUACCUAAAAAUAUAGACAAUAUUGCUCCAAUGAUAAUAACCCACAAGAAUUGACUGUUGGAAUGGCAUCAUAUAAAUGCAACAAUUGAUUGGUCAGUUGAUAAUAGAAAAUGGAAAAGAAAAUGCAUAUGUAAAGUAAGAGUUUUAUGUAAAUCUAUUUGAAACAUAAUAUAAAUAAUUUUAACUAUUUCAAAAAUAUAUGUUAUAUCAAUUUAAAUUUAAGAACAAUAUUAUAGACUUUCAAGUUUCUGAAAUAUUAUAUAAUUUUAUUUAAGAGAAUUUACAAAUGUACAUUUAUGGUUGUAUUUUUAUUCAUUUGGUUUUUUACUAGCUUGGCCAAAUUCUUAUUUUUUAUGGUAUGGUAAGCUAUGAGGGGCAUUUCUUAUAAGCUUUUAAAAUACUCAGAAAGGUGCAUAUAUUAAAAUUAAUAUAUUAAGUUGAUUCCUCAUGCAUCAUUUAGUAGCAAAAAAUUUAUCCAGAAAUAAUUAUGCAAUUAUGUAGUUUUGAAUUAGGUGGUUCGUCUUUUGAAAUGCGCAUAUUAGUCAGGAAAUUAUUAAUUAUUUUAAAGUUAAAUAAGCAAUUUCUUCUUGGAUGUAAUUAACAUAUUUGGUGAAAUUACUAACCUGUUAACUGUCAACAUUGAGCAUACUCGUAUUGCAGUGUGUUGCUGAAUGCGCCACUACAGCUUUUUUUGUAUUCAAGAUAAUUUUUAUUUUUUAAUUAAAUAUGCUGACAUCCCAGUCAAUUAGCACUCCUCCUCAAGUGCUGAAAUAUUAAAAAGUAAAAAUAGAUAAUUCUUCUCUGCAUUCCCAAAGCUUUAUUCAAUGUAAACAACCUUUGGGUUUUUUAUUGCUUAGUACAACAUAUCAAAAUUUCUUCUUCUGGAGUCUGGCUUUUAAAUUUCUUGUACUGGCAUGAUAUAUAGGAUAUUUUUCCACUGUGCCAACUUUGGCUUAAUGACAAAUCAUGGGGGUGAGAAAAUGGACCUUACAUUUUCGAAAUUGAUUACAAGUGUCCAAUGAGGGGCCCCUUCAUAGUAGAAUAUAAACAAUAUCAUAGCCUGUUAUACUGUAGGGUACCAUAAUUUGAAUUAGUAUUCAAUCUCUGAAUUCUAGUAGCUGUUUCUUCCUAAUUUCAUGUCGUAGUAGAGUCAGCUGUGAAACACCAUUAUGUAGGAAAUUGAUAUUGUAAAAAGAAGUGUGUUGUCAUAAGAGUCCAUAUAAGAAAUUCAUGAGUUAAAAAGAAUUACAUUGUUUUAAUUGGCUAGGUUUGGGCGUCUUUUGUUGGACCAUAAUGUCAAGGCUCUGUUAAAAGAAGAGUGCAUCCGGGUACCCAGGACUUCACUCCCUGUCAGCUCAUAGCUGUUAUGCUACUGGGUGCAAGGUGUAAACCGGUUCAAUAUCAAGUUUUAUGGGUGCGAUAUGACACCAUCAUGCCCAUAUAUGGGCAACUGACAGAUUAUUGUGACAUAAAAAUUGAUAGCGUGGAGAGAGACUAGAAAUGAUAAUUAUUAUUAGAAUUAUUAUUAAAUUAUUGAUAACAUUAUUCACUAUACUAGAAUCAUUUUAAUUAUAGCCAAAAAAGUACUAUUUUUGUUUACAUUGGUAAUCCUAAUUAUCGAGUGGUCAUUUUAAUGACACAUAUGUAUGACUAUGUAAAUAACUAAGUAUAUAAAUACGUGUUUGCAUAUAAUUAUGCACAUGUAAAUGCAUAUAUAUAUAUAUACAUCUAUGUAUCCAUGUGGCUUGUGUGGUUGUAUGUAAUGCACCUAUGUACAUGAUUUAUUUGUUGAAUGUUGACUGUUGCCAGGAUUAAGUUGUUAACUGUUGUAAAAGCCGCUAUCGAUUGAGUCUCAUUGGAAUAAUGUGCUGUUGCACUCCUCAGCACAUUAGAUUACACCAUACUCACUGCCGUGUCGUGGGUAGUGAGAGUUAAUAAUGGGCAAUUGAAGGGCUUGAAAUUAGCUCUCAGCACCUCUUGAUACUGUAAUCUUUAUUGUGUUGACAAAAAUGUAACAAUGUACCCUGCAUUGCAAUGAUUCUAUGUAUAUUUGACAGGUGUAUUUUAACUACUACCAUAUGUGUACCUUGUUCCAUGUUAUAUCUCAUAUUUUCUAUCAUUUUAAGUGCAAAAAACAUUUCAUUUUGAUCUAAA